ACCUUUUCGGAGGCGGAGGGGCAUAUAGAGCCGCGUUGCCUAGACUCCUCCCUUUUCUCUCUGUGGCCGCCAUCGAGUAGCAGCCUUUGAGCCCGGCCGUCAGCAUGGCCUGCGCUCGUCCUUUGAUCACGGUGUACUCCGAAAAGGGGGAAACGUCAGGCAAAAAUGUGACUAUGCCCGCAGUGUUCAAGGCUCCUAUACGCCCAGAUAUAGUCAACUUUGUGCACACCAACCUGCGCAAGAACAGCAGGCAGCCGUUUUCAGUGAGCAAGCUUGCUGGUCACCAGACCAGUGCUGAAUCAUGGGGUACCGGAAGGGCUGUUGCCCGUAUUCCCCGUGUCCGCGGCGGUGGAACGCACCGUUCUGGUCAGGGUGCGUUUGGAAACAUGUGCCGAGGAGGACGUAUGUUUGCCCCAACAAAGAUCUGGAGACGCUGGCACCGUAGAGUCAAUGUAACCCAGAAGCGAUAUGCUGUCUGCUCUGCACUGGCUGCUUCUGCCCUGCCUGCACUCAUCAUGUCUAAAGGUCACCGCAUUGAGGAGAUCCCAGAAGUUCCAUUGGUGGUUGAAGAUAAAGUUGAAAGUUACAAGAAGACAAAGGAGGCCGUUCUGCUGCUGAAGAAGCUCAAAGCGUGGAAUGACAUCAAGAAGGUCUAUGCUUCCCAACGUAUGCGUGCUGGUAAGGGUAAGAUGAGGAACCGCCGUCGCAUCCAGCGCAAAGGACCUUGUGUUAUCUACAAUGAAGAUAAUGGCAUCAUUAAAGCCUUCAGGAACAUCCCAGGAAUUGCACUCCUUAAUGUAAACAAACUGAAUCUGUUAAGGCUGGCUCCCGGUGGUCACGUUGGACGGUUCUGCAUCUGGACGGAGAGCGCCUUCCGCAAACUGGACGCUCUUUACGGCACAUGGCGCAAACCAGCCACCCUAAAGGCAAACUACAACCUCCCCAUGCACAAAAUGACAAACACAGAUCUGAGCCGAAUCUUGAAGAGUCCGGAGAUCCAGAAGGCCCUGCGUGCUCCAAUUAAGAAGGUGAAGCGCAGAGAACUCAAGAAGAACCCACUGAAGAACUUGAGAAUCAUGAUGAGGCUGAAUCCAUAUGCAAAGACUGCCAAACGCAACGCCAUCCUGCGUCAGCAAGAGAAUAUUAAGACAAAACAAGCAAAGCGAGAGGCAGUAGCGGCAAAGAAGGCGACACCUGCAGCGGCACCAGCAAAGAAGGCGGUACCUACCCCCGUGGCAGCAGCCAAGGCAGCAGCUUCCAAAGCCAAGGCGUCAAAGGCCAAGGCAGCAGCCAAGAAAUCUUAAAGUGACUUGUAGAAAAAGUUCAGCACUUUGCAUUUGUCAUCAAUAAAAUGCCGUUUAAUAUGAA